CUUUCUAACGUCACUUCCGGUCCUUUCAGAGUCAGGAACUACAUCUCCCAGAGUGCUCCGGGAGGAGAGGGGGGUGCUUCCGCCCUUCCCAGCUCAGGCUGCAGAAUAAUGUCCAUGUUUUGCUCCAGUUCAUCCCGUCCUCUCGUUGGACAGGGCAGAGAAAUGGCUGCAGAGGAGCCAGGUCAGGGGCCGGUGACCUUUGAGGAGGUGGUUGUGUAUUUCACCAGGGAAGAAUGGGCUCUGCUGGACCCCACUCAGAGAGCCCUCUACUGGGAUGUCAUGCAGGAGAACUAUGAGAUUGUGACCUCGCUGGCCCCUGCUUACUGUUUCCAGCUUCCCCAGGACUCUCUCUUUGUCUCCGGACCUCUCUAUCAGCAAGAAGCAGUGCCAGGGAGACUUGCCCUCUCUCUGGAGACUUUGAUUUCUGGGACAUGGAUUUAGUUUCCCGGUGUUUUAGGAGCCUCUUUGAAAUUGAGUGUCUGUGACGUUAACCACAGUGCAAUCUGGACUGUUGAACAACUGUAUCCCCUCAGUUCCCCAGACUGGGUGCCUUUUACACUGCUUUACCGUGAGAACGGCCACCCCUGGGCAGGUAACACACAGUCUCCAGCGUGUAACUCGUUCUCAGCCACACAGUAUUGAGUGCUGCUUGUCGGAGAAUAACAGAGUUCUUACUUUUUGUUUGGGUACAGCAAGUCAGAUACUUUAUUUUCUCUCACA